AUGUUCUUCAACAUCUUCAUUAAGAAGACUUUCAGUCCGACAGCCAAAGCCAACAACACUCAAGCGUUCAACGACGCUCCCACUGGCCCGAGAGACCGCCUCUUGAUGAUGAUGAAGAGCUUCUUCGUCUUCGAGGAGGGUGUUUCGGCGGCAGUGGCGGUACCACCACCGCAAGUCCUCUCUUCCUCUUCUCUUUCCCCCAUCCUCGGCAACAGGUAA